AUGGCUUCCGCUUCAGCCACCGGAAAGUUGUCUCGUGAGGAGUUCCGCCGACAAAAAGACCUAGACGCUGCUCGGAAAGCUGGAACUGCACCGGCAGCUUUGGAUGAGGAAGGCAAACCCAUUAAUCCCCAUAUUCCUCAGUAUAUUGCCCAAGCGCCGUGGUACCUCGACACUGGAGCACCGUCUCUUAGCCACCAACGUAUCCCUGAAUAUGAUCGCUCCGCAGAUAAGCUCGACAACUGGUACGACCGAGGGGCGAAGGCGGGUCCGGCAGCGAAGAAGUUUCGCAAGGGCGCAUGUGAGAACUGUGGUGCGCUAACUCACAAGCGACUGGAUUGUCCCGAGCGACCGAGGCGUCGCGGUGCAAAGUUCACAAACAAAGAUAUUGCGCCAGAUGAAGUUAUUCAGGAUAUCUCCACCGGGUAUGACGCAAAGCGAGACAGAUGGAAUGGGUACGACCCCGCAGAGCACAAGAAAGUAUAUGACGAAUAUGCUGCAGUCGAGGCGGCGCGGCAGAGAUUGCGCGAGGAGGAGAUUGAUAAGCAGACCACGACGGAUCUCGCAGCUGUACGGAAGGUCGCAAAGGCAGGGAAGGAGAAAGGCGAGGGUAAAGACGACGAUUUCGGGAGCAGUGACGAAGAGGAUGAGGACGCUGACAAGUAUGCUGAGGCUGCUGAUGCGGUAGGACAGAAAUUGGACACAAAAACUCGUAUCACGGUCCGUAACCUGCGUAUUCGUGAAGACACGGCAAAGUACCUCAUCAAUCUGGACCCGUCGAGUGCAUACUACGACCCCAAAACUCGUUCUAUGCGCGACAAUCCAGUCAAGAAUGUAACCCCCGAGGAAGCUAUAUUCGCUGGUGACAACUUCUUGAGGUAUUCGGGUGAAGCUCCCGAGGUCCAGAAGCUCCAGCUAUUUGCUUGGAAUGCCGCCGCCCGGGGAAACGACGUCCAUAUGAAUGCUAAUCCUACACAAGGACAACUCCUUCACCAAGAAUUCCAGCAAAAGAAAGAGCAGCUCAAAGACAUGAAUAAAGUCAGUAUCCUAGCCAAGUACGGUGGUGAGGAGUAUUUGGAGAAAGCCCCCAAAGAGCUAUUACUGGGUCAGACUGAGGAGUAUGUCGAAUUCUCUCGAACAGGCCAGGUCAUCAAAGGUAAAGAGCGGGCGAUGACGAGAUCGAAAUACCAGGAGGACGUCUAUGUCAACAAUCACACUGCGGUGUGGGGCUCAUGGUAUGACAUGGCAUCGGGAGAAUGGGGCUUCGCCUGUUGCCAUUCAAUCGUUCAUCUGUCUUACUGUACUGGAGAGGCAGGGAAAGAAGCUGCUCACGCGUCGAGUACCAAGAAUCUCCUCAAGUCCACCAUGUCCAACUCCACACCCCCACCGGAAAAUGUGCCUGCGUCGUCAGCAGAAGAUCGAAAAAAGAAGGCGGAGGAGUUGUUCUCGAGAGCGCGGUUGGGCGAAGGGGAGAUCGUCCUUGACAAGAAUCGUUUGGCGGAGGCGAUCAGCGACGAGAAGAAAAGGAAGGCGAGAGGAGAGGAUGGGGAUGAUCGGUUUGGCAAGCGACAAAAGGGGUCCCAGGGAGGGAGCCAUGAGGUCACUCAAGAGGAGCUCGAGGCAUAUCGAAUGAACCGACGGAUGAUGGAGGAUCCUAUGGCGAAUUACAAGGAUACGGAAGUUUGA